GGAAGCGCGGCCGGAGAGCGUACACGACACUCUCUCCUCUAAGCGGACAGUCCACGCUGACUCCUACGCCGCUCGACAGUGUAAUAGCAAGAGCAGCGCAGGGGAUUCCGACAUGAACACCGACCUUCAUCGUACAUGAUGCUUCAAGUGCCCCUACUUCCCUUGCACAAAUAAACGGAGAGGACUCCAAAAUACGAUCAGUUUGUUGGUAAAUGGAACACUACAUCGUGUUUAAGCACGCUGACAUCGUUCAGGGACCUUCCAUUCAUCACCUCAAGGUGGAUCUUGUGAAUGACGUGCAAGCAACAUGCUGACACCGAGCCACUGCACUGAUAAUUGCCAAAACUAGGAAGUUCAGGAAACAUAUUCAGCCCACAACUCGAGUCGCCUGAGGGAGCAAAGAUGGAUUCCCAGAGCUUGCUUUCAGAGUCUGGCCUCACGGCCCCCGACUCUAUAAACAGAACCACACUACCAGCAACUUCUACUACAGUUUCCACAGUCACCACCUCACAAGCCAAUGUCACCUCUAUUAACCUCCGCAAAGUACCUCCCACGUUGCGCUACAAGACAGAAACAGAGAGAAAGAAAACUAAGCAGAGAGUGACACAGACAGUCACCCGCGCGAGUUCUCAGCGCCAAGUUAAUCAAACCACAGAUCUCAUCCCUCAAAGCAACAAACCUAGCCGAGCUGCCUACAGUCAGAGUCCCAAGCCUCCCGCGCAGGUGCUCAGCGCGGUGGACGGCGAGCCGGUCGCAGACAGAGCUCGGCGGGAAUCCCUCGACCGCUCUGUGUGCAAGCAUGACCCGUGCAAGCACUCGUCGUGCCAUCCGAAGCCGGAAACGGAAUCCGGCUUCAUCUGUAUCUGCGACAACGAAAAGAAAGUCCAGCCUGGGGAGAAAUGCGACAGUUAUCAUUUGGACUUCGAACCGUCGGCCGAGCCCAUAAAACCCCCGGGCGCCAUCACGUCGCACGACCAGUACUCGAGCAAGCCGCUGAGCGUGCUCGUGAUCGCGUCUCUGUGCCGCGUGUCCCUGGCGAAGAGUCAGUCUCUCCUGACGUACAACUUCGCCAGUAACCCCAAUUACUACGCUCAAGCCCCGGACAGCCUUCCUUUCCACACGCUCGGGGUCCACCUGAUUGAUAAGGAACAGAUUGCGUUCAUCGGGGAGUUGGGGGAAGGCUGUUUCGGCAAGGUGUAUAAAGGGAAAUACGGGCCGCGAUGUCCCGAGAACCUGGUGGGAGGCGACGCGUCGGGGGCGGAGAGCGGCGUGUCGGUGACGGUGGCGGUGAAGGUGCCGAAGGACUGCGCCGGAGUGGAGGCCGAGGCGGACUUCAUGCGGGAGGUGGAGAUCAUGUCCGCCUUCAGGCACGAGAACAUCGUGUCCCUCAUCGGCAUCGUGGCCACGGACGCAGGUGGAAGGCCUUGGAUGGUAUUCGAAUUCAUGCCCUAUGGCGACCUGGCGGAAGUCCUAAGAUCUUGUAAUAAACAAUUCUAUUCCAACGACUCACCUGUAAAGUCCCUUGGAAAGGAAGACCUCUUGAGCAUGAGUGUGCAGAUAGCGUCCGGGAUGGAGUAUCUUUCGUCACAGCACUUCGUCCACCGCGACCUAGCCUGUCGGAACUGCCUGGUGGGGGAAAACCUGUGUGUCAAGAUCUCUGACUUCGGGAUGUCGAGGGAUGUUUACACCUGCGAUUACUAUAAGGUUGGAGGGUCCCGGAUGCUGCCGGUCCGCUGGAUGGCGCCCGAGAGCAUCAUGUACGGAAAGUUCACCCUGGAGAGCGACGUGUGGUCCUUUGGUGUCGUCCUUUGGGAAAUAUACUCCUUCGGAAAGCAGCCUUACUACGGAAACUCCAACGAGCACGUAAGUAUCCCCUGGCUGUCGUUUGCAAUCAUUCUCUAG